AUGGCCGCCGCGGUGACGCGCGUCACGGUCACCUACGAGUCGCCGGGCCAGCCGUACUUCACGCGCUUCACGGUGGACCCCGGCGACUCCGGGCGGCGCCACACGGUCGGCGAGCUGCUCAACUCGUUCUGCGUGCAGCACCGCAAGAAGUACGGCGCGGCGAGCGACCUCGUGCGCGAGGACGCGGCCAUCGUCGCGUCCGGCGGCCGCCUGCUGCCCGUCGACGCGCGGCUCGGCGACUGCCUGGGGGUUUCGGGUCCGGGCUACGCGGGCUGGGCCGUCGUCCAGCGCAAGAACAGCGUCGAGAAGAGCCGGACGGUCUUCCCGCCCAUGCUGGAGAAGGCGGCCAUGGAGCUCCGCGUCGGCGUCACGGGCAUCGUCGGGCGGCGCGCGGCGGAGGGCGCGCCGCCGGAGCCUCGCGAAACGCUCGCGUACCUCGCGUCGCGCCUCGAGGACCUGACCGGGCCGGCGGCGACGCACGCGGGGCUCGACGUCGUCCACGCCGCCGUGCGCGACGCGGCGCUCGCGGCCGUCGCCGGCGGCCGGCUGCGCGGGGACCUCGCCGCGCGCGCGGCCAAGGUCUCGAACCCGGCGCCGGCGCCGUGCCUCGAGCCGCCGCGGCGCCGCGCCGUCAAGGUCUUCGCGCUCCUCGCGGCGACGGCGCGGCCGCCCGGCGACCCGCGCGGCGGCGGAGCCGCGCGCGCGUUCCGCGGUUUGCCGUCCGCGCUGAAGCAGAUCGACCGCCUCGACGGCGUCCUCGUGUCCUACGACGCCGCGGACCCGGCGCUCGCGCGCGACUGCGCCCAGCUCCUCGCGGCGCUCGCGGCCCGGGAGCCGCCGGGCUUCCUCCGGGGCUUCCCCCGGCUUUCGCCGACGAGCCGCCAGCGCCACUUCGCGCUCCUCGCCGGCGCGCUCGCCGCCGAGGGCCGGGGACGGGAGUCCUGGGCCCUCCUCGGCUCCUGCGGCGACGUCUGGCAGGACUGCCGCGCGGGCUGCUACCGCGACGCCGCGGAACGCCGCGCGGACCAACGCGCGACGCUCUUCUCCGCGGACCGCUGCGCGCGCGCGGCGGACGGGCCCGCGUCGCCCCGGAGCGUCGCGAAGCUCGCGGCCGCGGGGGCUUUGCGCGAGGGCAACGACCCGACGUCGUCGACGAUGAUGGUCCGCGUCGACGCGCUCGCGGCCUUCGCGCGGGCCGGCGCCGUGCUGCAGACGGAGACGGGGCUCCAGACCUACCUCGCGCGGUCGUGCUACCGCCAGCGCUUCGCGCCGCUCGCUCCCUUCGCGCGGUGCUGGCUCGUGCACAUGGACGGGGACCGGGGCGACCUCGACGCGCCCGCGGACGACGGCGGGCGCCUGGAGGCGGAGCUCAAAAGGCGGUUCCCGGAGCUCGCGGGCGCCGCGCUAUCGGCCGUGCUCGCGGACCGCCACCGCACGGUGGACGUCUACCUCGCGGCCCACGCGGGCGCGCCCUGCGCCGUCCGCGCGGACACGUUCCUCUCGCUCGCGGGCGCGCUCGUCCGCGAGAAGUUCAGGGGCCAGCCGCCGCGCCUGCCCGCGGACCGCAACGUCGCCCUCGUCAACUUCCUCGCCAAGGACGCGGUCUUCAGCCUCCUCGACCGCGCCAAGGACGCGGGCAUCGAGCUCGAGAUGACGGGGAAAGCGGCGGAGCCGCGAGUCGCCGUGCUCGCCGCGCUCUCCCUGACCGCCCGCGCCCUCGUCGCGCCGCCCCGCCACUGCUUCGGCCGCGGCCGGCCCCUGCUCUACGUCGAGGCCGACGCCGAGGCCCAGACCGACGCCGCCGCGCCGGCGCCCGCGCCGGCGCCCGUGCCCUUCGACAUCGAGCGGCGCGUGCUCGAGGCCAAGGGCAAGCUCGACGAGGAGCGGUCGCGCGCGAAGCUCGAGUCCAUCCGCGGGCGCCGCGAGCGGCGGAAGGACCUACUCCGAUCCGUGAAACUCGCGAAGCUCCGGCAGCGGCUGAGCGCCUUCGGCUUCAGCGAGGUCGACGAGGAGCUCGGGCGGGCGAGCGCGGCGCGCCGGGCCCAGGACUCCUUCGGCGACGUCGACCUCUCCGAGAAGGCGUCCUGGUUGGGGCCGUUGGCGGAGGGCCUGCUCCCGCCGCGCGACGGCGAGGCGCCGGCGGCGAACGCGACGGCGCAGCGCCGGGCGUCGCUGGCGACGGGGCUCAAGGUGCCGCCGCCGAAGCCGCCGCGGGCGCCGCGCGCGGCCGCGGCCGCCGGCGGCGGCGCGCCGAGCCCGGCCGCGCCGCCCGCGCCGCCGCCGCCGCCGCCCGUCGCCGGCGACGGCCUGCGGCCCGUGCCGCCCAAGCUCGGCGCGCCGGCGAAGCGGGCCGUCGUCCCGCUGCCGACGGCGCGGCCGGCCGUCGUCGCCGCUCUCGAGCCGUCGGACGCGCCGUCCGCCGACCGGAACCGCACGGACCCGGUGCUCCAGACCGCCGAGGUCCGCGCGGCGCCGCCCGACGCGGACCCGGACGAGCCCGACCCGCCGCCGGGCACCGAGCAGGGGAAGCGCGCCGCGUUCUCCGCGUUCCUCGGCCGCCUUCGGCCGGGCCCGCGCGGCGGCGGCAAGCCCCACCUGUCGACGCGGUCGAGCUUCGGGCGCCGGGGCGGCUAA